AUGAUAUUUAAAAAUUUCUAUAACUUAUUAUUUUUCCUAUUUCUAUUGAUAAGUAGUCAGGAAAUCUCAAAAUAAUGCGUUUGUGGACAUGUUUUUAGUUAAGCUUAAUGCGAAAACUCGGGUUUUUGCAAUUGGAAGAAUGGAGUUUGUGUUUUAAACUAUGGUCUAACAUACAUUUCAGAGAAUUAAGAUGAGAGCACAUGCAAAAAUUUCGCGGAAGAAGAUUGUAGGAUAUAGAAGUAAUGUGGUUUCCAUUUGGGACAUUGUAUCAGCUUUGUUGACUGCAUCGUAUUCAACAAAGAGUAAUGCUAACAAUCUUCGUAUAGAUGUGUUUCUGACGGGAAUAAGUGUGUGGAAAUGUUGGAAUGUAGCAACUACAAAACAGAGCUAGGAUGUGCAAAUAAAAAUUAAAAGGGAGGUUACUGUUUUUGGGUUUAAGAGAUGGAAAAAUAAUGUAGAGAUGUUGCUGUAUGUGAGGAACUGCCCAAAUAUUUAGUUAGUCAUAUAAUGUGUAAAUAAGGUUUAGAUGGUUGUACUGUAAAUGAAUAGGGUUAUGGAUGUAUUAAAUAAAAAGAUUAAUGCACUAAAUACAUCAAUGAUUUUUAAUGCUUUGAAAGUAAAAACAACUCAUAAAACUGCUUUUGGGAUUUUAAAAAUAACAAAUGCGUUGAAAAAGUAUGUGACAAUCUACCUUUUUCUUAAGAUUAUGAAUGUAAAUCAUAUUUAAGUGAAUGUACUUCAAAUGGAAUUCAUUGUAUAAAAAGAGGGUAAUGUAGCGAUGCUGAGAAUAAAAUUGGUUGUGUUACAGAUUCUAAGGGAAAUAAAUGUGAAUAUUAUAAAAAUUAAUGUAAAAUCAAAAGUUGUGAGACUGCUUCGGAUACACUUAAAAAUUAUCAAUAAUGCUAAGAUUAUGACAAUUUGUUAGAUUGUGUCACCUCUGAGAAUGGAGGAUGUAAAUAAAGACCUUAAACAUGUGAAGGUUAUGUUGGUUAAGUGGAUUGUUACUCAAUUCAAUAACAAGAUUGUAUAUGGUAUAGCAAUAAAUGUGCAAAAAGGGAAUGUUUCCAUGCUCCUCUUUAUUAUAGUCAAUAAGAUUGUAAGAAAUAUGGAAAUUGUAUAGGCAAAACAGGUGGCGGAUGUUAAUAGACACCAGAAGCUUGUGAUGAGAUUUUAUUAGAAUAAUUUUGUGAAUUUAAUUAUAAUAAAUAAAGAUGUUUUUGGUUAGAAGGAAUAUGCACAUUGUUUGAAUGUAAUAUAUUGAAAUUACCAACCUACAAAAGUCAUAAAAUAUGUUAAGAGGCAAGUUCAAGUUGUACAUUUAAUAUUGAUUCUUUGGGUUGUAAAGAUUAUUUAUGUGAAAAUAUCCAAGAAAUCGAAUUUUGCGAAAUUGAUUCAAAAGGGACAAUUUGCUCUAUCAAUGAAGGAUGUAUAGACAAAAAAUGUUUAACUGCUCCACCAAAUUAUGAUAGUAAUUCAUAAUGCGAAGAAUGGCUACCAUAUUGCACAGUUAAUGUGUAAGAAUUAUCAAAUUCAAAAGCAUUAAUUGGAUGUGUUAAUAAAAAGAAGGAAUGCUAAUUUGCUCUUUAAGAAUAAUGUCAUUCUACUUUUUCAGGAAUUUAAUGUAAAUGGGAUAAUAUAGGUAAAAAGUGCGUUUCUAAAAUUUGCACCGAUGCAGAUCCUAGCAUAUACAUAGAAAAUACAGAUUGCAACUCAUAUCAAGUGGUGGAGGGUACCUGUAUAAUAGGAACCCCUGGCUUUGGAUGUUAACUAUGGCCGACGAGUUGCGAUGAUUUGAUAAGUUAAUAAUAAUGUGAAUUAAAUCUUUAAAACGGAACCAAAUGUUUCUGGACUGGUAGUUUAUGUAAACUAUUAGAAUGUUCAGAUGCUUCUAUAAUUGAUUAUACAAAUAAUAUUGAAUGUAAUACUUGGCUUGAUUAUUGUAUCUAUAAUUCAACAGUAGGAGGAUGCAUGGAUAGACCAAGUUCUGUUGCUUGUACAUCCUCUCCAAAUAAUAGUAUGUAUGAUACUCACAUUGAAUGUUAAGCUUGGAAUCCUAAAUGCACUGUAAUUUCCUCUUUUUAUCCAGAAGGUUGUGAAUUAAAAAAGACAAAUUGUUCUGAUUACAUCAGGCAAAGAAAUUGCAGAACUAAUUUUGCCGGUUAACAAUGUUAUUGGGAUGAUAUAUUUCAAAAAUGCAUGGAAUAGAAUAAUGACACUGAUUGUAACAAGAGAGUUUAUGGAGACCUAACACAUUAAAAUUGUGAAAGCUUUCUAUAAAAAUGUACAGUAUGGGAUGUUGGUAAUAGAACUUGUGUAACUCUAUCAAGUAAGUGUGAUUAUAAUUUGGAACAAAAAUGUGUAAUCACAAAAAAUUGGUAACCCUGCAAAUGGGAUGUAAAAAAUAGAGUUUGCAAAGACGUAAUGUGUAGUGAUAAUAUGACUGCUAAAACUGAGGCUGAAUGUUUAAGUUUUAGAAAAUUAAACUAGUGUCAAUUAAAAAUUUAAUCUAAUGGGACUUAUGGACCAGGAUGUGAGGUCAGACCAGCAAAUUGUAAUUUAAUUACAAAUCCUAUAAUAUGUAAAUUAACUUUAACACUCUCAAAUGAAAAAUGCUAUUUUUUUAAUUCUAAAUGUUAAGUUGUACAAUCUAAAUACUGUGAAGUGAUUACAGAUAGUAAAAGCAAUGAGGUUUGUUAAUUAUAUAAUCCCUACUGUGUUUUAUAAUCAAGUGGAUAAGGAUGUUACUCCAUUUACAGCUGCUCAGAUUUAUCGAGUAAUAUAUGUAAGAGUGCUAUAAUGAUAUCAAACAUUAAGUGCUCAUAUAAUGGAGCGUGCGGAUUGAAUAAUCAAUGCUCAGACAAAUCAUACUAUGAUUGUAAUGGCUAGAAAACAGAAUUUGGAUAACUAUGUUACGCUUAUUCCAGCUGUUAUAAAAAAAGUUGUUCUUAUCAUUGUUAUUAAAAAACCACAACAAAGAAUUUAAAUUUUGAUAUUUCAACGUCAAUUUUGUAGAGGAGUAAAUAAUGCUAAGACUAUUCAACAAAUUAUAUAUAUAAUACUAACUGUUAGUGCUGUCAAAAUAUAAGUAACUGCAGUCAACAAUAAGGGGAUUAAGAAUUAUGCAAUUCUUCAACUUUAAAUUCUAAUUCAAGAUGUGGAUAUAAUUUUUAGACUAAUACUUGUGAAAGUAGAAAGUGUGAGCAUAUGACUUAUGUAAAUUAUCCUGUUAUUACAGAUUAUAUUUGCUUUAAUUGGAUAUCUAAUUGUGUUCUUGAUGCUACAGGUUGUAUAACUUACACAGGGGAUUGCACAUUAAUAAAAUUUAUUUAAUAAUGUUAUUAAGAGAACUGCUAUUGGUAAGAUGGUAAAUGUGUAAAUGAUAUUGAUUGUCAAAUUAAUACAACUUCUGUUACAACUCGUGAAUGUCUAUUAGUAAAUGCUACCUAUUGCAGAUAUAAUUAUACAAAAGGUUUAGGAUGCUCUUUUUAUGAUUGUAGUCAUAUCAAAAAAGAAACAAUAUGUACUUCAUCAAAUCUUGAUAAUGGAUAAAAUUGUAAAUGGGUAAGUGGUUCUUGUUAUCCUCGUUCUUGCUUAGAAUAUACAAUAUAAGCUGAUUGUGAAAGUAGUUAUGGCUCAAAUAACUUUGCAAUCACAAAAUGUUAUUGGUGUUUAAUAAAUGCAAACAAAUGCUCCAAUAAUAAAUAUUGCUAUCCAACUAGCAUGGUUAAACCUAAUUCGCAUCAAGAUUGCAACAGUGUAAGUAGCUUGAAUACAUUUACUUUUUAAUCAACCAUAAUUUGCACGAUAAAAAGCCUAUUAUGUUCAAAUUACCUCGACUAAGGAGCUUGUUUUAGCACAAUUUAAGGGAUAGAAUGUUAUUGGAAUGGUAGUACUUGUUAAAAUAAAUGUGAAGCUAUAACUGCUAUGCCUAGCACAAACUAGUAGUGUUAUGAUUGGAAUUCUAAUUGCAUAUUAAAUGGCUUCUCAUGUUAAUUAUUAAAUUGCUCUCUUCUAGUAGUAAUAUCAGAUUGUAAUAUUUACACUACAAAAUGUUUUUGGAAUGGGUCGAGCUGCAACACAAUUGGUGGGUGUAGCUUAUAUUCUACUAGUACAUUAUGCUCUAAUACCAGCAAUUCAGAUGGAAUUCCUUGCUUCUGGUUUGGUACCUAAUGCCUAGAAAAAACCUGUAUCAAUAUACCUACAGCUCCGUCCUCUAAUGUAGAUUGCAAUAGUUGGCUAACGAAUUGUUAAUUUAAUUCCAAUACUAAUUAAUGUGUUGAAGAUUGCACUUCUGCUGAUAAUUCAUAUAUCACACAUGAAUAGUGUGAAUCUUACUACUUCAACAAAAAAUGCACUGUCAAGCUUGAUAUUAUUUAAUGUGUAGACCUUCCUCUUUCGUGUGCAUUAGCGAAAUAGAUGCAAUGUUAUUUGGAUAUAGAUGGUAACUAAUGUUAUUAUUCAAUAUUAACACAAUCUUGUUUAAUUUUAACUUGUUCAAAUUUGGAUUCAGAUUUUACUACUCAUGAAUAAUGUAACCAAAGAUUUGAAUAGUGCACAGUAAAUACUACCUAGAAUGGGUGCUAAUAAUUGAACGAUUGCAAUAGUUAUUUGAUUCAGGAACAAUGUUAUUUUGAUUAAAAUAAAAUCGAAUGCGAAUGGAUUUAGAGCCAAAGUAAAUGUACGAGGAAGGAAUGCUCAUCAGCCUAAUUAAAUUUAUAUACAGCGCAUAGUUGUCGUUAGUAUUUUGGUGUUUCGUGUUCUGUAAAUAAAAACUUAAAUGGAUGUGAAACUGGUUAAUCAUUUUGUAUGGAUUAUAACCAUAGCCAAUGUAUAAGCAAUGGAUAAAUUAACUUAAAUGGAGUAGAGUGUUUCUGGAAUGAAGAUAAAAGUACCUGUUAAGAACGGAUAUGUGCAAAUGGACCUUCAAAUGCCUCAUCUCAUUAAGAAUGUGCAAAUUUCCUAUCAACUUGUCAAAAAGGAGGUUGUCGUAUAAAAGGGUGUUUUGAUUACUAAUAUGCAAUAGAUUCAGCUUGUGCAUCUAUAUUUGAAGAUAAAAGGUGUGUAACAAAUGGGAUUCGAUGUGUUUUAAGAAAGGAGUGCAAAGAUAUAAAUAUAGAGGAUGGAUGUAAAUUUGAUAUUAAUUUAAAUCCUUGUGUUUGGAUUGAUGAAAAGUGCUAUUCUAAAACCUGCUAGACUGCAUAAGUUGCUCUCACUAAACAUGGAGACUGCAAUUCGUAUUUAUCAUAUUGCACAGUUAAAUAAGGGGGAGGAUGCACUAACAAGCAAAGUUGCAAGGAUUAUUAAAUAUAAGAAGCUUGCUUUACAGAUGGAGAGAAUUUUGAAUGUAUUUGGGAUGUCAAUAUAAGUAAAUGCUUCUCCAAUUAAUGUAUUCACUUUUGUGGCGACGGCAUUGUUACAGGAUAGGAGGAAUAAUGUGAUGAUGGCAAUUACUUCCCAUAUGAUGGUUGUUAUCGAUGUUAAGUUUAAUGCCCAUAAGGAUGCAAUAAAUGUAAAGGCAUGUUGUGUUAAGAAUGUAAUAAGAAUGGAUGGUUAUUGAUUGAAGGUGUCUGUAAUUCAAAAUGCGGUGAUGGUUAUGUAGUAGGAAAUGAGUAAUGUGAUGAUGGUAAUAACUUUAAAUUUGAUGGCUGUUAUUAGUGUUCUUAUUAAUGUGAUGAGAUGUGUUUAGAUUGUUUUCAAGGUCAAUGUAUUUUAUGUUAAGAAGGAUAUGUAGAAGAUGGAUAUUAAUGUAAUAAUAUUUGUGGGGAUGGAUAUUGUGUGUAACAAAUCGAAUAAUGCGAUGAUGGCAACCGUUAAAAUAAUGACGGAUGUAGUGAUAAUUGCAGGAUUGAGAAAGAUUGGAAAUGUACAACAGAAAAUAAUAUUAGUUUUUGCUACUAUACAAUUCAACCUAAAAUUACAUUGAACAAGCUAACAAAAACUGAUACAAGUUAUUAAGAAUUCAAAUUAUCAUUUUCUGAACCAGUGUGUCUUAAUGUAAAAGGCAUUAGUGAAGAGCAAUUUCUGUAAUUGAUUAUUAUUGAAAUAAUAAAUGCUAAAAAUAAUCAAUAUGAUAUUGAAGUCAAAUCAAUGGUCUCUAUCACUACUGAAUUGGCAGAUGUAGCCUAUAAAAUAUUAAUCAAUUUUAAAACCAAUGUAAAAGAUCCCGUUUUAAAAGUUACAGUUAACAAUGACAACAUAGUAAAUAGCUAAGGUAACAAUUUGCUGACGAAAGAAGCUAAAUUGGAAUUCAGGUCACCUUACAAGUUGUCAACUUUUCAAAUGUCGCUUAUUUCGAAAACUUCCAUGCUGAGUAGGAUAGUAUUGUAUUUCAUAAUAUUUGUAAGUGGAAUUUCUUUUUUAUCAGGGAAUUUGGAGAUUUUAUGGAAUCUCCUUGAUCUUCUUUAAUAAUUGUCAUAUAUGAAAUUUCACAAUGUUGAGUUCCCAUAAAACUUAGAAAGCUAUUUUUAAAUCUUUACAAUGGGCUCCUUUACACCAAUCUUUGAUAACAUUUAGAUAGAUUAGACUUUGCAAGGCCUAUUUAAUUAUUAAACUCCAAUCAUCUUAGCAAAAUGGAAAUUUGAAUACUAUUAAAUUAAUUGUUACUUUUUGUAAAACUUUCAAACUCUUUUAAUCAUGUUAAUAUUGGGAUUUACUUAUUACAUAAUUUCUUAUUUAUUUUUAAAAUUUCUCAUAUUAAGUAAUUAUUAAAAUUGGCCAGCUGUUUAUCAAAGUAAUUAUCACUACAAAGCAACAAAAUUUAUUUUUUUCAUUUAGAGGUUUGCAAGGAAAUAUUAUUAGUAUUUUAUUUACUCUGGAUUAAUCAGAAUUUUUACAUCCAACUUUUAUGAAUUGACAUAUGCAUCCAUUUUAUAAUUGGUAAAUUUUAAUACAGAGACCACUUUAAACUUACUAAUAUCCUAUUUAGCUCUUAUUACAUUGAUAUGCAAUGCAUUUCUGUUAUGUAGGUUUAUUUUUUAUCUAAGCUAAAAGAAUGUAGUUGCAAAGAAUUUAUCUGUUUUAGUGGAGGGAAUCAAGGACUAAACUAAUUAAAGAACUAAAUAAUAUUUCACUAUUUUGUUGAUCAAAAAAACCUUAUUCAUUCUAAAUUUGGUCGUGAUGUAAGGUCUUGUGGAGGCUUAAUGCCUUCUUUCAGCUUUUCUAUCUGGAGCAUUCUUUUUUUACUGUUGCAUUUAUAAACCUUUCAGGAAUCGCUUUGAAAAUCUAAAAAUAAUAUUAACAGAGGUAUUGAUAAUGCUUAAUGUUUCAAUCUUUUCUUUAUAUGAAAUUUUGAAAUUAAAUCAGAACAAAGAGUCAGCUGAAAGUGUCGGUUGGGUUAAUAUAUUUGGUUUCACGCUGAUUCUUCUAUCAACCUUAGCCAUUGAUAUCUACCAAUCAUAUGUGUAACAUGCCAAUUUAAUACUUACUAAAUUCAAGAGGUGCUUAAAGUUGGAGAAAGAGAUAUCAUAAAGAUCUAGAAUACUUUUUUUUUGA